UCCAAAGCCCGUGUUAAGUUACAACAAAAUUUAUACUUACCAAGUAACUCAACCAUUUGGCGUUCACCGAUGGUGUCAGUAUUGCACGUUUGCUAUGUUUGCUUUGCACUGCUUUGGACGACUUCAGAUGGAGCUUUGCUAAGGCUGAAACCUCCGAGUUCUGAUGCAGUCGUGUUUUGGGCACAUUCAACUAACUGGGAUCCGCCACAAACGCCUACCAACGCUGACGACGUACUGAUAGACAAGGAAGGAAACUACACUCUUGAGAUUGGGAGAUAUGUUAGUGCGAGAGCCGCUAGCGUCACCGUUGCAGCCGACAUCACGUUGCUGCUCAGCUACGCAAGUAACUUGGUAGUUACAGGAUCGUGCGACAUUGCAGGAAACAUCACGUUAGAUAGCAGCUCUCGACUUCAAAUCCAGAGUACGAGCUACUUGAGGGGCCCCUUUAUUCUGAAGGGGGGUUCGCUGCAAUCACCAUCGAGUUCAAAUACACCGACGGUAUACGUCACAGGGUCAAUGUCGGUCAAGUCAGGCACUCUAUCCUACGUCACACUGAUUGUUCAAAACAACUUGACCUUCGUCGAUUCACAGUCAAACAUGCAGUUGGGAAGUAAACAAACCAUAGUUAUACAGGACUUUGCAACAUUGAACAUGCCAUUUGGGGGGCAAAUAAGUGGUUAUUAUGGAAUGCUAAGAUCAGAAAGUCAGAGUACGUUUAUCUGUAACACCAAGGUCAACUCUGCUUGCCAAAUAUUAACGAACUGGAAAAAUUAUGGCACCGCUGUCGUAAAGGGCACUGGACAGCUCACUCUGUCACAGUCGUCGACUACAACAGGAACACUAUCUGUCACAGAGGGUGGAAGCGUAGUUAUAACUGGAGGAUCUUCUCACUAUUUCAAUGAGCAAUCUGUAGUGAACAUAACAGGGCAGCUAAGAGACCAAAGCAGCUCGUCCACUACAACGACAAUAGCGUCCAGCUCACUAUAUAUCAAUAACAUUCAAAAGACAAGUUCAAGUAAGCUGUACAUCGUUCCUCAAGACCACACAAUCAAUUCUGUCUACGUACAAAGUGGAUCCUUAGUAUUCACUAAACUUAACACAAGUGCCAUAGCACAUAUCCACAACCUUACUGUUAGUGGAGGACAGGUGCAAGUGGACUCCAACACUGUAGUUGAUCUGUUGUACACUAGAAGUACUUUGGCUAUCAAUGAUGAACUGACUGUCAGAGACAGCUGGUGGUGGAAUGGAGGCACCGUACAAGGAUCAGGAAGUCUCAUCGCUUACGGAAUCACUGAAGUCAAUCUUACCACACACGUCAACCUUUAUUUCUAUGUCAAACAAUUUACGCUUUACGGUGAAUUUAUUCCUAGGAGCCAAGCUACUCUAAGAAUGCAGUCCAAUCAACUUGUUACAAUCGCAACGACCGGAAUAAUGACACUUCGCGGGGAUUUCCAUAUAAGUGGAAGCACCAAUACCAUUAUAGACAACCGGGGUCAGAUUGAUUACGGCUCAGAGGUUGGCGGAACGGCCUCUAUGAAUCCGGGUAUUUUCAAUAAUUAUGGAGUGGUUAAUGUCGGUGCUCUCAACAAGACGACCACGUUAAUUGUGUCUAGUGGAGGAACGGUGAGCGGCACCUACUUCGUUGCCGAAGGCAGCACUCUCAACUUUUCUCCUUCAUCGAGUCACAUCAAAGACAAUCUGGACGGUCUCGUGACUGGAAGUGGAACAUUGCUUAUUACUGGAUCGAACACUUAUACAACCAGCCUUAGCAACGUCGACAUCGACGACAUUGUAGUGAAAUCUUCAACUCUCACCUUGCAACCCAAUCCAACCACAGACUACCAGUUCAUUCUGAGUAAUGUUUCAGUUACGGGAGGUAACUGUAUCAUCAGUGCGCUUACUCAAGAUCUAUACAUUCCAAGCAUGGUAAUCUCUGGUGGCACAUUGUCCAUAUCAGCGCCAGUCAAAUGUGGUGAUUUGGUAAUGACUGGAGGAACACUUGAUAUUGACGCAGAUGUAGCAGUUUACAAGACUUGCUCGCUAGCAAGCGGAACUGUCCGCGGUACUGGCUAUAAUACCAUAAACGCGAGUGCACUGCAAAUGGAAUCAACGUCGUCCAGCAUUGCAUAUAUCUAUUUCUACAGCAUAACGGUACACGUUUGGUCUCGUUUUGUAGCACGAGCUUAUCAAUUGAAUUGUAGACUCUAUCAAGGGUCGCAUCUCCAGCUCGGAUCAUCUACAACGACCGACAUCGGUGGAUCUUCAUUGACAUUCGAAACGGAUGGAUCAGGGGUUGUGGAAAACAAAGGUAUCUUGUCAGUGAUUGACGCUGAGGUAAACAUGAAUGUUGGAUUACACAAUUUUGGUAAAGUCUAUCUGAACAACAGUGACCUGUCUAUUACAAAAAUUUCUACUUGCAAUGGCGUAUACGACAUCGAAACCAACAGCACGAUGACUCUCAGCGACACAUUAUUUAUGACCUCAGAUGGAUCACUACAAGGAAGUGGAGAACUGAAGGUGUCAGGAGGAUCCUCACGUCUAUUUGGAGUCACCCUCCAGACCUUGACUAUAGCGGGAGGAUCGACUGUGCUCAAUUUAGGAGCUAAUCAAGUGAAAGAUGUGAGUGUAACCAGCGGUACACUGGAAAUAAAAGCGUCUUAUAGCUUCGGUGAGCAAACUAGGAACCCAAGAAGGGUCGAUCGUCUUUCUGUGAAAGGUGGACGGCUGGAGAGUGACGACAGCUUUCUUAUCAACGAGCUUUUUCUGCAAGGAGGAACGUUUGCACUGUCCGCUGACAGCUACGUCUACGGUGUCAUGCACUGGUUUGGAGGAGAUCUGGCGGGUCAAACAUACUCUCAGGUAGCGUUUGGAGUAACUGGAAAGCUGAAUAUAAUUGGAUCUGGUACCCGGUACUUGAGAUCUUGUAAACUAGUGAUAGCUUCGGAGGCUACUUGGCAAGGUAAUCUAAAUAUCUAUUUGUACAACGGAGGAUCAGUAGUCAUCGGGCCAGCAGGACGUCUACUGGUUGAUGCAACGUCUUCCAUUCAGUCUGGAGACCGCUGUUACGCACAAAACGAAUUUACUAACGAAGGCACAAUAACAAUUCAGAAUGGACGUCAAUUUACUGUCAACGUAGGAUUCAGUAAUUCGGGAAACACGAUCGUCGGAUAUGCGGCUACGUUGUCCUUGAAUAAAGCUAGCAUCUGCGAGGGAUCUCUUCUCCUUAGAGACGACUCCAUUCUGAUUAUGACCGGUGGUGAGCAUUCUAUUACGUCAGACUGUUCGGUUUCACAUGGAAAUACUACAACACUCAGGCUGUUGGGAGGCAAGCUGACUGCAAAGAGUCUUCCAGCAAACGGAAAAGUGAUCGUAAGCAAUGGCGUUUUAACAAUCCAUGACGUCGGUAGUUCUAAUUAUGUAGGAGAACUUCAGAUUACCCAGUCAGGUAAAGUUGAGAUAGCCAUCGUUGCAAACGACAAAACUAAUCCCCUUACUAUAAACAAUGUGACAGUGAGCUCUGCUUACUUGGAGAUAAAUCGUUUCCUAUAUGUUGAUAGAUUGACAUUACAAUCUGGUGAGAUACGUGGCAGCAGCGAAUUCAAUAUCAGCUUGUUUGAAUUUCAAACCGGUUACUUCACAUCUAAUAUCCGAAUCAACACGCACGUUGCAACUUUGACUAUAGAUGGCACCUCAUCCCGCUAUCUCCGAAACAGACGGAUUACGGUGGGUCGAAUGGCAGUCUGGAGAGGCAAAUCUUACCCACUCUAUCUUGAAUACGGAUCUCAGUUAGUCGUUGGUCAACGUGCAGAAGUGUUGAUUGAAUCCACACAAGUAAUACAGAGUUCAUACGGUGCCACACUCGUCAACUAUGGUACGAUACGCUUCAGUCCCUUCGUUCAAUUUCCUGGGACGCUUUCUAUUAACUCUAAUUUUGUAAACUUUGGAACUCUAUCAAUCAUCGGCCACGCAACAGUAGAGCACACACGUUACGAACUACAUUCUUAUGGAACCAUCAACGUCUUGAGUGGAAAUAGCACAUUUAAAAUGCACUCAUCUACGACUUUCUACCCAGGGAGCAAACUGCAAGGAGAUGGCCUUCUGUCAGUCUAUAAUGGAAAAACAGUAUUUGGAAGUCAUAUCAUAGCCCUAAGUCGCAUAGAGAUUUACUAUGGUCAAGUAUUUUGUACUGAAAGUAAUGGAAUACUUUCUGUGUCAAAUAUUAGGCUGAGGUAUACUUCUAGCAAACUCGUUGUUUCUGGAAGUGUAAAAGCAGAUGCUCUCUAUCUCGAACAUGGAUCUGUAGAAGUGAGUCGUGAAAUGAACGUUACAAUUGCAAACGUGAGCAACUAUGCUGUAUUCACUACAUCAGGAAAAACUAUCGUGAGACACUUGGUCUGGUACGGAGGAUCCUUAUCCGGAUCCGGUACAAUUGUUGCUCAUUCAGCCACAGUAAGGUACACAAACUACAAUCAUUAUCUAGGAUCUGGAAUAACGUUUGAGCUUUUGGGACAAACAGAGUUUACGGGGAGACCCUUCAACAUUUAUCUCAAUACUGGAGCAAAGAUCGUCAAUAUGGAGAGUGGUACUCUGCUCUUCACAGACGGCCACGGUAUUGGAUCAUAUGGAAGUGUUCAGACAGUAAGUCUGACCAACUAUGGUCACUUUCAAUAUGAUUCGGCGGAAAAUGCUUCAAGUAGAUUUUACGUGACUGUCAGAAACUACGGUACACUUAUGAUUUCCUCCGGCACUGCCUUAUUUUAUGGAGAGUUCACAAAUAUGGGGUCUAUAGCAUCACUUGAAGGCGCAUUAGUGCAAGUACAGUCACUAUUUACAAGUCAACACACGUCAUAUAUAUACGUCGAAGGUAAACUGCAAUUGAAUGCUGAUUCUAUCGUCUCUCCGCGUCUGUUAAAGGUGCACGCAUUAGAAUUAUCUGGAGGUUCGACUUCCCUUUACUUGACGCGCGGUACCGGAAACAGUAUAAGAGCUUUGACGUUAACUGGAGGGACUUUGACUGUUCCAGUAGGGUCUGAAGAACCCACAGUGCUUUCAGGAUACAUCAGCGCGGGAACCCUUAGAGUUUGGUCUCCUAUUACCUUUAGCAACGACCUACUAGUCUCGGGAGGCUAUUUUGACAGCCACGGUCGUGUAAACGUGACAACGCUAAUUAUAGAAGAGGGAACGGUGUCAGGAACCAAUGAAUUGGGCUCGAUCUAUGCCGAUGAGCUGGAAAUUCGUGAUAUUACGGGACGCAGCAAAGACAUAACAGGAAAGAGUAUUGUGGUGACGAGGAAAGGGUUAUGGUCAGGAGCUUCUUAUUCUAGCUUUUCAAUCAAAAGUGGUUCUUCAUUGGUCAUAGGACGAGAUGCUACUAUGAACAUCACACACCACGAGUCCACGGCGAUAAGUGGAGACGGUAGUAUCACUAACAAAGGAAUACUAAGUCUUGGAACUUUAGCAGACAGUACUCCAAGUUCACUGAUCGUGUACCCUAAUCUGAAUAAUGACGGUACCCUGACCAUUACCACCAGCUCUCGCGUUCGUUUGAAAAACAUAGAAUCCUGUACUGGAUCAAUCAUAAUUUCUUCAUACUCAGAACUAGAAAUUGAAAGAUCGCAUUCCAGCGCAUGUUUGAUUUCUGGAAAUCUUGUCAAGAUUCUAAAUGGAGGACAACUGCACCUUGGCAAUGGCACGGAAGAUAGAUUUCGUUUCGGCAGCCUCCAUGUAGCAGGGGGUGACGUUGUAGUAGACAGUUCCAACGUUUACAUUGACACUUUGAUUCACAGCAGUGGUACAGUUCGGGGAUCGACUGCAAACUCAUCCCUUACUGUGCGCAUACUAUAUCAAUGGACUGGUGGUACCAUUGAUGGAGUCACUAUAAAGUCAACCGGUAAACUAGAAGCGUCUGGUUCGAGUCUCAAUCUCCGCUCAGGAAUAAUACAGAUAUCCGGUAAUGCUAAACUGACGUCUAGUGUAUUUACAUUUCAAGGCAGCUCAGUACUGCAUGUCACCGAUUCUGGUUCCUUUUUCGCGGAAGGCCAAGUCACUGUUAGACGUUCGGGAACAAAAACUGGAGUCUUUGUAAAUUAUGGAUGUAGAACAAACGUUGCCAGUGGGAGCGUAUUUGAUCUGCGAAACGUUGUUGUUCGCAACUAUGGCACGUUAGUUGCCAGUGGGUACAAGAGCGUUUACCAUAUUUCUAGUUACGUGUCUUCAGUUACUGGCAAAGUAGCUCUCACUGGCGUGCAGUCCGAGCUCAACCUCUACAACACAGACUCGAGGAGUGCACAUUCGAUAUACGCCUCGUCUCAUUCUUGCUCUUCCUGUCAGAUUAUAGUACGUGGAGGCGAGGUUCGGUUUCAAUCAGAUUCAAAAGCAGAGAGCAUCAUCUCUUACGUCAAAAUCUUAACAGGUACUGUGACCUUUACAGGAGCGGAGACCGAUCGCUCGGUCACAAUUGACAAUAUGCUAGUGACAGGCUACAGAUCGUUUCUUCAUCUCACAGCCAUUGCCGCUAUUGGGCGACUAACUAUUGACAGCUACGGAGUAGUGCACGGCAAUUCCACUGGAGUGAAACACCUGACGUACCGUUACGGCUUCAUCGGACUUAGCAGCGGUCUCACAAGCUACAUCAACACUAACAAUCUCGACGUGGACUCCACGUCGCCAAAAACUGUGCGUCUGUGCCACCUGACUGUUACAGAAACCGUCAAAAUCAACAGAGCAAGUCUUUAUCUCUCUAGUGGCUCACGUUUGACGGUCGACCUCAAAGCCAACCUUACAAUGCUCUCUGACUAUUCCACAAUAUCUUCGUCUAACAGUCAAUCAUCAGCUGGUGGUGCUGUAGUCAACUAUGGACUUAUUUACACAGAGAUGGAUUCAAACAAAGAUGCAAUCAUAUCUGCCCAUUUGAAUAAUGAAGGAACUAUUCAAGUGUCCCAAAGCAGGCUUCGUUUACAAGGAACGACAACCCACAGCGGAAUUAUAACAGUAGACAAACAUGGAACUCUAUUAUUUGAGGGCUCGUCUAGGAGCCAUUCCACUACGUCCACGAGUAAGAUUACUUCACUUGGCAUUAUCUACUUUCAAGGAGGAAUGUCAACUUUCCAGUUUAGCUCUAUCGCUGUGACUGCAAUGGUAAUACAAAAAGGGACGUUGGAAACCAAGUCUGUAGGAUGUGUAGACGUUCUUAAUGUUACUGGAGGAACGUUUACGGUUUCGUCGCUUACCGUAGUCAAAAUUUUGGGGAUGAGCAGUGGCAAAAUUACUAGCUCGUCUACGCUCUCCGUCAAUGGCAUCGCGCAUUGGACGGGAGGAACCAUUGCUAAAGUAGGUUCCGGCCAAGUCUACUUCAACGGAAAAACAAUCAAAUCGUCAUCGGUUUCAGGAAGUCCCACUAUCACUAAUCCAGACACGUCUUGUCCAAGUACGAGUUGUUCAAAUUGCCUAGCUAGUGCCAGCUGUGCUUGGUAUGCUGACGCAAACGCUUGCAGGCUGAAAAUCUCCAUGUUAAACAACGCAGCAUCGUGUCAGACUUGGAUUACCAGUUCGAGCAAAUGUCCAUCCGCCAAUCCGUGCAACAAGUACUUUGACCAAAUCGAAUGCAAUUUGGAUUCUAAAUGUUCGUGGUGUAAUCCGGAAUCACUUUGCAUUGUCAAGCAAACACAGACGUGUGUAAAUAGUGGAUCUAGCAAUGUUGCCUAUUGGACAAAAGCUGCCGAUGGCUCUUGGUCUGACAAGACCGCUUGGAGUACCGGAAACGUUCCUACCUCCGUCCAUACUGUGUUUGUAAGUGUAUCAAGACGCAUUACCGUAACUACUCAAGGCACGAUCAAAGUGAAGUCACUAACGGUCGGUUCGGCUAAUGGAGCUCAGCAACCAACAUUAGAAAUUGCAUCAUCCUUUACAGUAGAAGCGUUAAACGUACUGCAAGGCGCCACGUUAUCCGUUCGUCAUCACCUCCAGUGGACCGGAACAGCAAAAGUUUAUGGCACAAUAAUAUGGAAUCCGUAUUCACAUAACUACAAACUAACUGGAGGAGACCUAAAUGUCUACGGAUCAUUAGUAAUCCUCGGUUCUUAUUACCGCUAUGUCUAUUCACACAUUCGGAUCUACGGCCGUGGGUAUGUGAAAACCGACGGUUAUUCUCUUUACAUGACAAGCAAUAAACAACUGCAGGUAAUGUCCGGUGGAUAUCUAGAAGCUGCAAGUCGUGGAUACAUUUCACGGAGUGGAUCCGGAGCCCAGUUUAUCAACGACGGCACAUUCACCGUUUCUCUAAUACCAGCUAAUAAUAACUAUUAUGUAGACAUAUCAACGACAAGUAAAGGGUUCAUCAGCGUAACUUCGGGAAGCACACUUUCUCUCAGAUAUGGAGCGACUAUCAGCGGAAACGUAAACGUGGAAUCCGGUGCUCAAUUUCAACUGACUGGUUCAACGGCUGCAACGCUACAGAAAACGAGCAGCCUAACUGGAAACGGUACUCUGUACACGACAGCUCCAACUACCAUCCAAUCAUCACAGCUGGACGUAGGCAGUCUCAAAAUACAAGGAAGUGUGUCCAUUGCUAAUGUCGCUUCCAUUAGUUCUCUCGAUCUGCUCUCUGGUACUCUAACGUGUCUUUCUGACGUCACAGUCACAUCUUCCAUGCAGUGGACAGGUGGUUAUGUACAAGGUCCGCAGAGACUACUUGUACUCGGAGAGCUCAAUCUUCGCACAAACACACGGCUUAUUAACGGUCACGUGGUCAUUGCCAAUCGGGCAUUUACUUCUCCGUACGCAUCGUCCAUCGGUUUCUCAACAAGUGGAGCUUCCACCAUUACGGUACUUCCUGGAGCAACAUGGGACAUGAGUCAAAUGUCGACUCUCUCUGUAAUUUCCAAAGUUAUCAAUAACGGUUCCUUGGUUAUUGCACCAGCAACAAUGGUACAGAUCAGCGGGGAUAUCGUAAACGGCGGUGACAUUACUAUUGUUCGAAACACACUGCGUAUCUCAGGGAGUAGUCUGACAGCCUUGAACGGUUCUAGUCUGACAGUACUUGAUGACGCGCAGUUGUCUUUAUCCUCUAGUACAUCUAGUGUCUUCGAUCUAAUGUCUAAUGUUACUGUCAAAGGGAGUCUCAGUCUUGCCAGCAGCAAAUUGAAUGUUAAAAGUAAGUUGAUGAGAUGGGCAGGUCGCUUGGUUGUUAGCUACAGUACCCUGACCACUUACGGUACAGUUCCAAUACAACUUAUGAACUCACUGGACGUCUCGUACUCUACUGUAAUGAUAGACGUGCAGACUCCCGAUAAUCUUACCAUUGGAUUCUUGUACGUCUCACCACGGUCAACGGUAACUCUGGGAUCAGGCAUAAAAGUUAACUACUGCCGCUUGUACGGUACACUGGAAAUAGGACCACCGAGUGGAAGUUCUAAUGGUCUUGCAGUACACGUGGAUGUUCUUGAGUGGUCUUCGGGAACAAUAAGUAGGAGAAAGGCAGUGUCCGGGAAACCUCAACUUCGCGUUCUCCAAUAUCACGGCACAUACCACACAUCCAAAUACAUAAGAUCAGUACAAUUGACUUUGUUAAACUUGUUUUGGGAACUAACCAGAUCGUCUCAUUACCUGUACUUUCAAGAUGAUGCGGACGUGUUUGUACCUCGAGGCUACAAUGUUGAAAUUGCGACUUCCGCGUAUACUUAUUGGUACAUACAUGGAAAUUCAAAGCAGACUCGAUUCACAAUCAAUGGAAAUGUUAUUGUGAGAUCGUCAGAUUCUUCAAGCACCUACAGCUAUCUGUACAUACGCUUUCCACUUGAUGUACGUGGAAAACUGGACAUCGUUAGUGGAACCGUUUUUCUCUACAGCAGUAGCUACAUCACAGGAACACUGACUACAAAAAGUGAAGGCCAAUUGUCCAUGUCAAGUGCGGUUCAUACAUGGACUAACUCGUCAAUAGUCGACGCUGUUGGUUUUGUUGGUGUGAGGAGCACGGCGCGUCUUUCUAUUGGUUCGAGUGCGGCAACAAUUUCUACUCUGUCUGUAUCCGGAUCUACAGCAUUUGUUACAGUGGCGGGUAUUCUGGAUACCGUUACGGUGAAACGUCUGCAACUGUACAAUGGAGUAUUCCAGUGCUCGCAAGACUGCGUUAUCACAGAUGUCUUUGAGUGGCGUGGUGGAACCGUAAGAACUAGUACUGACAAUGCAUCAGUUAUUGCUGGUCCCAACUGCACAGUUACCACUGUCUCUAGAGCAUAUUACUAUGUAGGUCCUGGUGUCUUCUUGAUUCAAGGAAAACUUUCUGUCGAUAGCGCUUACUAUAUUUAUCUCAAUGGACAGCUGGCUAUUGAUAAAGAUGGAAGACUUGACAUCUACUAUUCCAUGUCAAUGGCAAGUAGUAGCAGCAAAGGAGCACUGACCGUGCAUGAUGGAGGCACAGUCCGCGUCCAUCAUGGUGUACGAUGGCAAGUACGCACGCCACUCUACAACGCCGGUGAAAUGAUUGUCGAAGGAUACGUGAACCUUUUUGGGUACCAGACUCUAAUGGGAUAUCACAGAGGCACUUUGACAUUACCAGUACCAUACGGAACGUUUGCAACAUCUGGAAAUGGGAGAACAUUCAACUUGACAUCGGCAGGAACGGUGUCAGGAGUGGGAGUGAUCAGACACGAUGCCGGAACUUUGUUAAUAAAUACAGACCUCGACUCUCAAGGCUCGUUUAAAGGUAGCGUGUAUCUUGUUAGUGGAAACAUCAACAUUCCAGCGUCGACAGCCGUCAACAUUUCGUACGUCAGUAUCAGUUCUGGAACACUAACACUGGCAAACACUGGCACGUGUCAUGUCCAUACACUCAAUCACAUUGGGGGAACUCUAAUAGCAAGUGGAACUGGAAGAUUCACAAUCAGCAAAAUGACGUUUCGAAACGGUCUCCUGAAAGGAACACAAGAUCUACGCGUAACUCAAUCACUCAUCUGGGGUCGCUCUGCCACGGUGUCUGGGCCUAGAUUGCAUCUAUACAUAGAUGGUCUUUUGGUUAUUUCCAGUUCCAGUUCAUACCGUAGCACCAUCGACACUGGCGCAGAGGUCGUCAUUAACACGAAAAAUGCUAUUUAUCAAUCAUACUUCUACGUGCACGGAAUUCUUAGAAUUGCGAAAGGAGCAAUUCUCCGUCUUCAAGCUGCAUCCGAACUGGGGUAUUAUCGUACCCCAGGAACUGUGGUCAACGAAGGACAGUUGAUGGUUGAGACAGAGAGUAUAGGCAAUUACUAUGCUCGAGUAACACCAUAUCUGGACAAUGAAGGAGAGCUUUACGUGCGCACAGGUAGACUAGUUAUUGACAGUUAUGCUGGCCAGAUCGCUGGUGGUCUAGGAGGAGUUAUUCGUGCGAAUAUUGGUUCAGUUCUCCAAAUCAGUGGAACAACAGUAAUAGCUGCCAAUGCCACUCUAAAGCUUGAUGAUGCUACCUUGACACUCUAUUCAAAUACGUAUCUUAACAUGCGCACAUCUGUUUCUGUCUCGUACGUACAAUGUUAUGGUGGCACGUUCUAUGUAUCUUCACCAGCGGCUUUGACAGUACUCAAUGAUAUGACCAUUCGUUCAACUGUCUCUGUUGCAACCAAAAUAACGGCACGUCGAAUGUUUCUCAACGGAGGGUAUCUUAAAAGACAAGGAUCUAACGCCACUAUCUCGGUUUACGAACUGCAAUGUACGUACGGGACGAUAGGUUCGUCGACAGCCAAAGUUACGGACUUCUGGCUGACAAUCACUGGUCCGCUCUUUAUUAGUCAGAGUACUACAUACAUACGCGCAUGUGGAAUAUUAUCCUCUGAAACGACUACUAUCACCGCAGGAGGGCGCAUUUACCUCCAAAGCUCCGCCGUGUUUCGCAACGAUGGUAAUCUGACAAUCGAUCAAAGUAACUUUCAAGCCAGCAGCGGCAAGUUGAUAAACUUCGGAAACAUUAACGUUAUUGUUGGAGCGUCAUCAACAGUCUCGAUUUCCGGUGAAUUCAGCAACUACGGACGUCUGACAUCAGUCUCUGGACGCUUGCAACUGUACAAAACAACAAUGUACCGUAAUUCGGUUCUCAUCGUACAGGCACAGGCCGAGGUUCAAUUUGCAAGUGGAAACAGCCGUUUCCUAGCAGGAUCAAUUUUGGAUGUACCUCCAAGAGCAUCAAUAACUGUGACUAGUGGAACGUUAGAGUUCCUCACAAACUCUACCGCUACGCAGUUCUCCAGGCUUACAGUAAGAGGGGGCAACGCUAUAGCGCACCGUGGAAGUGCCAUUACGAAACUUGAUUAUCUGAGCAACACCGGUGGUUCACUGACUCUCAACAACUCCAUUGUAGUAACUAAAGCUGAGCUAUAUGGUGGAACCACUACUAUUGGAGGAAAAGUCAUUUUCAACCAACUUUUAGCGAAGACCAUGACUCUACAAGGAGGGAGACAGCAAGAGAGAGCCAUUCUUGAAGUGAACGACUUUAUUUUCACCAGUGGUACCAUCAAAACGUGGGCGUCUACCGGUAGAUAUUUCAUUGUAAACGUGACCAACUCUAUGCUCAUUGACUCCUAUUAUCAUUAUUACUGGUGGUGGUGGUACCACUAUUAUUAUCAUACUCUUGACCGGUGUGACCUUAUCAAUUACGGCACAGUGACGGCUACGUUUGCAAAUAGGUUUUAUUUAUACAACAGCGCACGAUUUAUUAAUGCCGUGACUGGUACGAUGAUUCUAAAAUAUGCAACCCAUUUUUAUGGAUCGACGCAAGGCACUCUUCUCAACUACGGAUCGAUGUCUAUCGGAUCGUUCGAUACCAUUAAUUUGUAUGUACCACUGGUGAUAGCUGGCGGUACUGUCACCAUCUCAAAAAGGCAACUCAUACUUAGAAGUGGAGGAUCGUGUACCACGUCAAAUGCUGCCAUUAAGAUAGAGACAGACGGAGUAUUGCAAGUGUCCGGAGGAGUAUUCCAGUGCAGGCCGUCUGUCAUUCAAGGCAGUGGGACGCUUAGAGUUACAUCAGGAUCUCUGCAGUUGACUUCGGGAAGAUUAAAUGAAUUUACGGAUAUAACAAGUGGAACUCUUCAAAUUCCAGCAGGUCAGAAUGUUGAGUUCUCGAGGGGAUUACGACUUGCUUCAGGGACAUUAAACGUAGACGGCGUGGCAAACGUCAGCUUUUCGAUGGAGUUCGAGUCUGGAAGGAUGACGGGGAAAGGUGCCGUCAUUGUAGCAAAACAGGGUCGGAUGACGACAACAGGAUACGUUUACAAUGGUAGAUUUGUUUAUGUUCAAAUACAAAACCACGGAUUAAUGGACAUCAGCAAUCUAGUAUACUUUUAUGUAAUUGUGAGAAACGAAAAAUCAGGCACAACUCAACUGAGCGGUACUACACGGAUUCACGGCAGUACAAGCUCCGGUGGGUUCGACAACUUCGGUCGUCUUAUCUGUAAUGCUCAUUUCGGAGCUUUCUGCUACAUCACAGUCCCAUUCAGAAUCUACCGCCGUCUUGAGUUACAAAGUGGAGAACUUCGCGUCACGUAUGCAGCUCGUCUCGUCGAUGGUUGCAACGUGACAGGACCGGGGCAACUCACCUCGACGUCGGUCCUCUACGUCGGAGGGUCAAGCUACUCUGCCAUACGAGCGCAGGCGGGAAUCUAUGUCACUGCUUCCUUCUUCUCUUACGGCACGUUCACGUGGUUAUCUGGUGAUAUGCAAAGUGCAACAGACCAUUGUUUCUCUCCUUACAGCGCCAGCAACCCAUAUCUCAAUCCGUUGUGUGAAGAAGUGUACUUUAUGAACGAAGGUUCGAUGGUUAUCGACGGCAAUAGUUAUAAGACGUUACAUGGGAAAACACUAUUUAUCAAUCAGGGAAAGCUCAGCUGGGAUGCCUAUCGAUCCUUUACUCUAGCGGGAACGUUUGUAAACGCUCAGCGUGGAGUAUGCACUUUCUCGCGAGUCACUGGAUACACUCAUAGUAUUGCAGGAUCAGGAAACAUAACCAACUAUGGCACAUUUAACAUCAACUGGACAUCGGUUUACAUGAAUUAUAUCACGUUUCAAAAUUACGGUUCUUUCAACCUCAAACAGUCGUGGGCAUACUUCAGCUACAAGACAUUCACGCAAGACGGAGAAAACAGUACCAUAAAUAUCCAAUCACAAGGACUACGAGCAAGAGAUUUUCAACUAAGAAAUGGAAUAUUGCAGGGUUAUGGCGCAAUCAUCGGCACAGUCACAAACACAGAAGCAACUAUUGAGCCAAUCCUUUCUAUCGAUGACACUCCAUCCCAACUAACAAUGUCGUCCUACACUCAGACUAACAAAGGCAAGUUGAAGGUUGCUUUAGGCAAAAGAAGCGGUCGCCUCGUAUCAGGUUUCCUGGCCGUGCAGCAGACUGCUAGCCUGACGGGUACACUUCAGGUGACAUGGGAUGGAAAAGAAGUGACGGACCGUGAUGUUAACGUCGGUCCUCUACCAGCGUUUAUCUCAUACAAGACGCGCAACGGCAAUUUCAGCGACGUUGAUGAAAUACGGGCUGGAAUUCUUGCUCCACAGUUAGCUGUCUCAUUCAACAAUACUCACGGCUCGCUCAAACUUGAAUAAACUGACAAUAACAAUUAUCGGUUAUACAAUAGGUUAAACAAAUGGUCGCCAGAAUGUCAUGGUCAAAACAUAGACUUAGUGCCGAACGCAUUCUUGUACUUGUCGUAUUAUUCUAGCUGCUCUGCUUGCUUCUGUCUUAUAACAUUAUGUUUACUGUGGCUAUAUAUGUAUCAAUUGACACUUCGAAUAUAUAUAUA